AUGGGUACUCCUCCAACUAUUCAAGAAGUGGUUUACACUUUUGUACAAACAUAUUAUGAUAGAAUGCAAAAUGAUCCAAUUAGAAUGUCCAGCUUGUACUCGACUACUGCCGAAUUCACUCAUAUAAAUUAUAACGCUCAUUUGGACCCAAACGAUACCAAGGCUGAUAAUGAUCUUAUUUUACCAACUAUUAAAUUAAUUGGUAGAGAAAACGUUUACAAAUUCUACAAGAGACAUAAGGAGAAAAUUUCCAAUAUUAAUUUCAAGUUGAAUUCUGUUGAUUUCCAAUCCACUAAUAAUAAUAAUAUUUUAAUUAUGACAUACGGUGAACUAUUCUGGAAAAAUAAUAAUGACAAUGAUAUCGGACCAACUUUUAAAUUCGUUCAAACUUUCAUCUUGAAUUCAUUGAAUAGUUACUAUACCAAAUUCGAUAUCGUUAAUGAUUUCAUUAAAUUCAUACCUGAUGAUUUGGAGAAUUAUGUCAUAAUAUCGCAACAAGAUGAACAACAAGGAAAAGUGGAAGAUCCAGUAAAUUACAACAUAGGGACUAAACAUGAAAUUAGGAAGGAAGAACAGGAUGCAAUAACUAAAGGUUUUCUCAAAGAAGAGAAAGACGCAAAGAAGGAAGAAAAAUCCGUGGAACAAAAUAUAGCAAAGGCUCCAACCCACGAAGAACUCAAAGAGACACCGUCGAAAAGUGAUAUAAAAGAGGGUAAAGAAGAAUUAUCAUUAUCCGAAAAGCACCUGUCAAAUAAAACGAAGGCGGAAAUAGAUGAAAAGAUGAACGAAUCUGAAAUAGUACCAAAGAAACCUUUGAAAACAACAUCUCCAACUAUUGCUGAUGAUGAGAAUAUAAAUAGUGUGGAUGAAAAACACCAUCUCGAGAAAAAGCAGCAUACAAAACAAAAUAAGGCAGAAAAGAAAAGUCACCCUCAUCAACAUCAAUCCCAUGACGAUAUAAAAAGUGCAGAAAACGAAAAAGGAAAAGAAAAAGAAAUAUCCAAACUGAAAAAUAGUCAACCAAUUAAAAAUGAUGGAGCAGAAGAGAAUAUAUCCGGACCAACGAAAGCUGCUGCUGCUUCAUCCAUAACCGUUCCGGUCACUUUUACUUCUACAAAUCUAGAAAAGGAAAAAACGACCGAGCAUGUUGCCCCAAAGCUUACAGUAAGGGAAGAAUCAAACGAAAAUAAGAAAAAAGUGGAAGAUGAAGAGAUAGCAACGAAGCCAUCCAAGGAAGUAAGCGGACCACAGCCAGUUUCUUCUUCCUCUUCCUCUUCUGUUACUGGAGAAGCCAUACCACCAACAUCAAGUGCUUCAACAUCUAUUACUACGGUCGAAUCACCUAUUGCAAAUAAAAUGUCUACAAGUACUACAGCUGUCCGAGAAACUGAUGAAAAACCCAAGACAGAACCUGCAGUAACACCUGUAGUUACACAUGCACCUGCUCCAGUACCUCCAAUGAAAAUGACAUGGGCAUCUAAAUUGUCAGAUAAAGUUAAAGUCGUGAAAGCUACUCCUGUUAUUACCGCAGCAUCAAAUUCAAAUGCAUCUGAUGACUCCCCCACUAAUAAGAAAUCAAAUGCUAAUAAAAUAAUUAAUAAGAAUUUCGUUGAAUUCACCAAAGAAGCAUCUCAAUAUCGAUUAGAUCAUAGUAAUAGAAAUGGUACUUUUGAGAUGGGUAACCGUAACAAUAGUAACAAAGGCAAUAAUAUCAGUAAAAGAAGGCAUGGGAAUGUUAAUAAAGAUGGGUAUUUCCCUAUUUUUGUUCGUGGUAUUGGAUCCAUGAAAGAAGAAAAAUUGAAGUCACUUCUAGAGAAACAAUUUGGCCCAAUUAUGAAAAUGUAUAUGGGUGACAACUUUUCAGUUGUCGAUUUUGCCAAUCAAGAAAAUCAAAGUCAAGCUUUAGAUAAGAAAUUCUUCAAACUUGCCGAUGGUACUGAACUUCUUUUAGAAAAGAAGACUGCAAGGAAAAAUAAUAAUAACAACAAUAACACUAACUCUACUAAUUAUUCAAACUCUCGUCCAAGGAAGUAUAAUAACAACAACACCCACAAUUUUAACGAUAGUAUAAAUAAAAAGUCCGACUGA